UUAUUUCAAAUAGCUUGCGUAUUAUUGUUCGUUUCUUGUAAAAUCGUAUAUAAAUAAAUAUUUUGGCUGAUAGUGCAUAAAUUGUAGGAAAACAAGAUCAGGAGUCCAAACGGCAAGGAGCAGCUGGGCAGGAUUAAUAGGCGUGAAGACUAGCAAGCAGCUAGGAGCAGCAUUUAAAUGGCUGAUGGAAAUGGUCAGGCAGCAGGUGCAGCUUCUCGUGCUGGCAACGACAGUCUCGACGCUACACAAACUGUAACUAACAUCGCCGGCAGUAAUCCAAACCUACCGGGAACAUCUGCAUCUACAGCAGCAGUGGCAGUAGCUGGUGCAAGUGGGACUGCGAAUGGAGGUGGUGGAAGCAACGGUACUGGGAGCAGUAAUCAAGGAUAUUAUCAAUUAAGCGUGACAAUUGAGGAAGCCUCGCUGCGCAAUAAUGGUUUUCUCAAACCGAAUCCCUACGUGGAACUGUUAAUAGACAGCAAGAGCAAGCGUAAGACAGAUUUAGUAAAGAACAGCUAUCUGCCCAAAUGGAAUGAGGAGUUUACAGUGCUAAUCACGCCCAAUUCAACGCUGCACUUCAAGGUUCUGGACCAUUCGAGCUUUCGCAAAGAUGCAAUGCUGGGAGAGCGUGUCAUUCAAUUAGGCCACAUAUUGCACCACUAUAACGGGCGCUGCGAGUACCUCGAACUGACAAUAGAUCUGUUUGUCACCUCCAAAUCCGACAAUCGACAAACUAAAAGUGGAGAACUGGUGGCGAUUCUUAAUGGCCUUAAACUAGACAUGAGCAAGGUGGGCCAGUUGCAGCAAAAUGGCAAUGCCGUCCAGGCGAUUAAUCCUGUGGUGAGCGAUGCUGCAGCUGCGGGCCGCAGCUGUAUGAUUUAUGGAGGUGUGCGCGCUCGCAUGCGUCUUCGCUCCAAUAAUGCGGAGCCGCCGGCGGCUACCCGCUCACCACUAUCCAAUGGUGUGACCCAGGAACAGCGACGCUCAGCUGCACCGCCAGUAUGGGAGCAACAGCAACAACAGCAGGUGGCACAACCUCAGCAACCACUGCGAAUGAGUAAUGGCACCGCAGCAGCAGCWGUGCCACAAACAGCGCCGUACCCACAGCAACCACCGGCACCUGUACCGGUGCAACAACGUCCAGUUACUCAGAGUCCACUUUACGUAAACGGGUCGAUCGAAAAUGGAGGGCAGGCAAACUACAUGCUAGGUGGCGCGCCGGAUCAAGCCGUAUGCGGCGCUGGACUACCUGUGAGCAAUGGUGCAGAUACGCAGCUGCAAACGCAGCCGGCGGAAGAUGAGCUAUUACCUGCAGGCUGGGAAAUACGAUUGGAUCAGUACGGACGGCGAUAUUACGUUGAUCACAACACACGCUCUACGUACUGGGAAAAGCCGACGCCGCUGCCGCCCGGCUGGGAAAUAAGAAAGGAUGUGCGGGGUCGAGUUUAUUAUGUGGACCACAAUACGCGUAAGACUACAUGGCAACGGCCGAACAGCGAACGCUUAAUGCACUUCCAGCACUGGCAGGGCCAGCGCGCUCAUGUGGUAGCGCAGGGUAAUCAGCGGUUCCUCUACUCUCAGCAGCAGCARCAACCUACGGCUGUGACAGCGCAGGUGACUCAAGAUGACGAAGAUGCGCUGGGUCCUUUGCCGGAUGGCUGGGAAAAAAAAGUGCAAUCUGACAAUAGAGUCUACUUUGUGAAUCACAAGAACCGCACUACCCAAUGGGAGGAUCCACGUACCCAGGGACAGGAGGUCAGCCUAAUCAAUGAGGGUCCACUUCCACCAGGUUGGGAAAUACGCUACACGGCGGCUGGCGAGCGAUUUUUUGUUGAUCACAAUACGAGGCGGACGACUUUUGAGGAUCCCCGCCCAGGCGCGCCAAAGGGUGCCAAAGGCGUCUAUGGUGUUCCGCGUGCUUACGAACGCAGCUUCCGCUGGAAGCUAUCCCAGUUCCGGUAUCUCUGCCAGAGCAAUGCCUUGCCCUCGCAUAUCAAGAUCACUGUUACACGGCAGACGCUAUUCGAAGACUCAUAUCAUCAAAUUAUGCGCUUACCCGCCUAUGAACUACGUCGCCGACUGUACAUUAUCUUCCGUGGGGAAGAGGGCCUGGACUAUGGCGGCGUAUCACGCGAGUGGUUCUUUCUGCUGUCGCACGAGGUGUUAAAUCCCAUGUACUGUUUGUUCGAGUACGCAAACAAGAAUAACUAUAGUCUACAAAUUAAUCCUGCAUCCUAUGUGAAUCCGGACCACUUGCAGUACUUCAAGUUUAUUGGACGUUUUAUUGCCAUGGCAUUGUAUCAUGGACGAUUCAUCUACAGUGGCUUCACAAUGCCCUUCUACAAGCGAAUGCUAAACAAAAAGCUGACCAUCAAGGACAUUGAGACCAUUGAUCCCGAAUUCUAUAACUCGCUCAUUUGGGUGCGAGACAAUAAUAUUGACGAAUGUGGUCUUGAGCUGUGGUUCAGCGUGGACUUUGAAGUUCUGGGUCAAAUAAUUCACCACGAACUAAAAGAAAAUGGCGAGAAGGAGCGAGUUACAGAGGAGAAUAAGGAGGAGUACAUAACACUUAUGACCGAGUGGCGUAUGACCCGUGGUAUUGAACAGCAAACCAAGACGUUCCUUGAGGGCUUUAACGAAGUUGUGCCUCUCGAGUGGCUGAAGUACUUUGACGAACGCGAGCUAGAACUUAUACUAUGCGGUAUGCAGGACGUGGAUGUUGAAGACUGGCAACGCAACACAAUAUACAGACAUUAUAAUCGAAAUUCCAAACAAGUGGUCUGGUUUUGGCAGUUUGUACGUGAAACGGACAAUGAGAAGCGCGCCCGUCUUUUGCAGUUUGUAACGGGCACAUGUCGCGUUCCAGUCGGUGGCUUCGCGGAGCUGAUGGGCUCGAAUGGUCCGCAGAGGUUUUGCAUCGAAAAGGUGGGCAAAGAAACCUGGUUACCACGCUCGCAUACUUGCUUCAACCGCCUGGAUUUGCCACCUUAUAAAAGCUACGAUCAACUGGUGGAAAAAUUGACCUUUGCCAUUGAGGAGACUGAGGGCUUCUGCCAGGAAUGAGUGGUAGUCGAUUUGUGGUCAGUUUGUUGAUUAAUGUUUAAUUCUAAUUGAGCGUCCCGUUGUCGUCCGCUAUGUUAAUAGUUACUGUUAUUAUGAAAUACCUAUUUGCAUAUACGUAUGUAUAA